AUGACAGCACAAAAGGUAUUGUGGCACGUCGCGCAGACGCUGCCCAUCCUGGCAGCAGGCGCGUGGGCCAUAGCUUGCAUCGUGACCGCUUUCAACGUCCCUACCCUCCCUUCACGGCCUUCGUCCUCGUCAUGGCCGUCUUCGGGAUGGAGCGGCUCGUCCACCAGCUCAGGCUUCAACGCUGCCUCCAACGCUGCCUACGCAAGCUUCGAGAGGCAAAGGACGUGGCUAUUGACACUCUGGGUUGGCACUGGCCUGGGUUGGUUCUCCGCCGUGGCAGGUGUCGUCAUGUAUAUUGCCCUCGGCCUUGUCGACAAGUACGUACGCACACGUACGAGCCACAGAGACAAGUGGCUCAAGCGCCGCAAGAUUUUCAUUGUCAUCACCGGGAUCUUUCGUGCUCUGGGCGCGACAGCGGGCAUUGCACUUGGUGCCUACUACGCCACUACACGGAGCACCAAGCUGGCCGCAGCCAGUGCUCUGGCUUUUGUUUUUGCCGUGGCUUGCAUCGUAGCCAUCGUCUUUACGACACUCAAGCGGAUCCACUACGAUCCGGAUGUGAAGCAGGAGCAGGGUCAAGGCUAUACUGAGAAUGUAACACAAUAUGGGCAGCCACAGGGGGCGUACGGACAACACUCGGUGCCUGCAAACAGUGGGCAGAAUGGAUGGCAAGCACCUUCUCGCUACUGAGUCGACGGGAGUGGAGGUCCUCGGAAGGGCUUCUUGGGCCUAUGUAUAUGAUGGUGGUUUGGACUCCAUCGCCGGCCAAAGGUGGCAGGCCAGGGCGUCCCCUGCCAAGUCAGCUCCAUUGUACAGUAU